CAAUCCCUUUCGACGUGGAAAAAUAAAAUAGCGUACACGUCGUUCACGUUCUACGAAACGAUUGAUGUUUCAGAGUCGAUAACAGCCCCGGAAGCCACAACGACGACGACGUCUACGUCUCCCAUCCCCAGCUCCGAUUCGACAGUGGUGAGCCGUAGUGAGUGGCAAGCCGAGCCACCCAGUCGUCCCCUAAGGCCGGUCGAGUCGGAGCCGUUGGCCUACGUCGUCGCGGGCACCACGGACAUCAGCGGCUCCUCGUGCCUCGGCCUGCUCUGGUGCUCUCACGCCCCGCGUCAGCUGCAACGGUUGGCUCGGCUGCGGGGCUCCGCCGAUCUCGAGCACAACUUCCUCGUGGGCGGCGACGGCAUCGUGUACGAGGGCCGAGGCUGGGCCGUCGAGGGCGAGCACACCCUCAAUGAGCUGGACGCGCGAAGUCUCGGCGUCGGCUUCUUUAGCGAUCGCACGACCGAGCCCGUGGCCGAGCAGUUCCGGGCGCUCGAGGAACUGCUCGAUUACGGCGUGAGCAUGGGUCACUUGGCGCCGGAUUACAGGCUGACGGAUCGCUGCAAGCUGAGGCGCGACAAGAGCUGCUCGGCAUUUACCAAGGAGUUGAAGAAAUGGCGGCACUGGACGGACGAGCUUUAGCCGAAAUCCGAGAGUCCGGAAAAAAAAUGAACCAACAUUGACCAACGCUUCGGAAAAUAGAGCAGCUCAAUGAGAAAUAUUCCAAGUGAGAGAGAGAGAGAGAGAGAGAGCUUAAAAUUAGAACCGAUGCGGCAACGCGGGCAUUAAAGCUCAAUGAGGCAGCUACUUACGCACGUAUACUUAUAUGUACGCAAUUCUCGCAGAAUAUUUUUUUUCUUUUUCUUCUUUUUUUUUCAAAGUAGAAAAACCGAUCCACCGCGUCCGAUGGGAAAUCUACUCGAGUGGAUACUAAUAGCGCCCGCGCGCGCACACGAUCUCUGCGGGGCUUUGUAUUACGGAGUACCGUGUACAAAACAACGCGUCGGAAUGCGGGAAGCUGGGGGUCUCUCGUGAAGAUAUCGUCACGGUUUGGUGCUCCAAAAAUACAUACUUGACGCUCUCUCUGGACUUAUACUAUACUCCCGGCCUUUAUAACUUUGUGCUCGAGUCGCGUACAGUGGAUUCGAUUUCGUCGUCGCGCCCAUUGACCGACGAGCUUGCGCGCGUACAUUAUUACGUUAUUAUUACGUAUCGCACGUACCAUCGACGUCGGGAGUGCGAAUUUCGCCUAUGUACUCGCGAUCAACUCGGCUUUUCGACGAAGACGACGUUUACUCUAUACGAUAUGUAGACGCGCUGGCAGCAGCUCGAGAAUAUUAUUUCGCGCGAAAACUCGAAGGGUCGCGAAGGGGACUAACUUUCAAUAUUAUCUCUCUCUCACUCGCUUUCCCAUGCGUAUCUCUCUGUUACUCCGGUGUCUCUCGCCCACACGAGUUUACACAUUAUACGAAUUUCGCGAGUGGAGCUGUACGUAUGAAAAGUUCGCAGGUCUAUGUAGAUCGAGCUGUCUCUCUUUCUCUCUGCUGCUGCGGCUGCUGUUGGUUCUCACUCGUCACUAUCUAGCCUGCAAGCAUGAACGUGUAUGCGUGCGAGGGUUUCGGUACUUAGCAAAAGACGUACGGCAAACAGCUCGCAAAAGCGCAAAAAAAUGUCUCUCCGCGCGCUAUUGAGGAUAAAAUUGAAAUUGUAAUAUAAUGUUAGAACGUAAAGCUGUAAAAAUGCGAGACUUUAUGCUUUUUUGUAAUUGUCAUUGAAAUAAAAUUAAACGAGCCAAUAAAGUAAAAAUCUAGGUAAUGACUCCGAUUGAUUAUUACUUGAGAAUCUAUAAUU